AUGAGCGUCUGCCGCCCCGCACGAUGUCUUUUCUCCAAGGCCACGUCGACUGCGCUCCCCAAGCCAUGUCCGCAACGCUCCUUCCACGCAUCAGCUCCACGACCAGCGCGCAAAAAGAGGCCCCACUACCCGUCGAUAAAGGCCGAUGACCUCAAGCUUCUCAAUCAAGCUGCAGAGGCCGAAUACCCCAAGUUCGACACCGCCGAGAUAACCCUCCUCGAGAAGAAAUACACCCCCUCGCAGAUUGCCGCCAUCAAAGCUGCCGAGUCCACAAUCGACGCACGAGAUGUCCUCACACAGGGCCAGCGACGAACAGACCCAUGGCUUCUCAACUACGAGGAUGACCUCGCACAAGUCGACCCUGUAACCGACCACCCCGAGAAACUGGGGCCGGACGACAUCCCUGGGAAAAAGACGUUCCGGCUUGCAAACGAUGUAGAGCGCGACGAAGCAAUAUCCCGCAUCGCAACCGAGAACCUCGCCAAAAUGUAUCCUGAAGGUUUACCAGAGGGGCAAUUGGAUCCAGUGGAUGAGCAGAAACUGCAGGACGCCAUGGAAGCGGCGCUGUCUCAAGCCGCACUCGACCCACGCGCAACGUACACUUCUUCGAACCCCGCGGCCCUCGAGGCAUUAGCUGACCCGCGUCACUCCAUUGUCGCCCCAGAUCUCCCCCGAGUCGAAAACCGCAUGGCGCGCCAAACCCGCCGCCUUUCCACCGAAGAGGAAGAAGACCCGCGUCAAAAACGCCUGUUGCAGUACCUGGGCUGGGACAAGCAGAAACUGCGUACCGUCCGUGUCAAGACGCUAGUAACCCACAGCGUCACGAAUCAGACAAGAAUGGGCAAGAUUAGGAGUCUAUACUUUUUGACCAUUGCGGGAAAUCAGGAUGGAUUACUUGGUGUAGGGGAGGGCAAGAGUGUAGAGCCGGAAGAAGGGCGAAAGCAGAGCGUCAUGUCGGCUAUCCGAAAUAUGCGACCAGUUCCGCGUUACGAGAACAGAACCACGUUUGGCGAUUUAGAGAAGAAGGUGGGGGCUACCAAGGUGCAGCUGUUCUCACGCCCACCAGGGUUCGGGCUCCGCGUCCAACAUCUGAUCUUUGAACUCGCGCGCGCCGCCGGCCUGCAGGACCUGUCCGCCAAAACUCCCCGUUCAAGAAAUAAGAUGAACGUCAUCAAGGCGACGUGGGAGGCGCUCACGAACCAGAAGCUGCCGGAUGAGAUUGCCAGGGCGAGGGGCAAGAAGCUGGUUGAUGUGCGGAAGGUGUACUAUGGAGGAUCUAUACAUUAG